UACCUUCCUACUACAGAUAUCUCCUCUCUUUAUGCAAAAUCUCCCUCUCUUUUUUAUCUACCUCUCUAAUAUCUAAACCAACAAUGGCAGUGUCCCCCGCCUUAUCCAUAGCCGGCGUUGGUGCCGGAACUCGCUUCUCCGGCGAGUUUAAGCUACUGGGUCGUGUUGAAACUAGGCUAUCUCAAAAACCCAGAAAACAUUCUGGCUGUUUGUGCUUUUAUAGGCACCAAUUACCUCGGUAUUACAAGUGCUUUUGGCAUGAAUUCAGAACCGAGAAGUUGAGUUUGAAGGAAAGUUUGGCUCUUCGUAAAGAUCAUGAUGAUAGCUUUCUCUCGAAUGUAGAAGAUACAGAUGAGAUGUUUGAUGACUUGUUCAAUAAAUAUGGAAAAGUGGUCUUUACGAGCAAUGACAAAAAACCUCCUACUGCAGAGGUUGAUGAUGAUGCUGAAAGCUUGUCAUUUGCUGUGGAAAUGGCCAAGGUUGCUAGUGAUGUUAAGGCUUCAGAUAUAAAGGUCCUCUUUGUAAAGCCUCUUGUGUACUGGACUCGAUUUUUUAUCAUUGCAACAGCAUUUUCACGUCCUCAGAUAGACGCUAUCAAUUCCAAAAUAAGAGAUCUUGCUGAAAAGAAGUAUGGAAAAGUUCCAUCUGGCGACAGAAAACCCAACUCAUGGACCCUGUUGGACUUUGGUGAUGUGGUAAUCCACAUAUUUCUUCCUCCGCAGAGAGAUUUCUACAACUUGGAAGAAUUCUAUGGAAAUGCAACACCUAUUGAACUCCCUUUGGAGAACCAACCUCCAUUUAGCAGUUGAAAAUAAGUUUGCUCAAGGACCUGAAAGUUUUUAACCAUCUCCACAUGCCUAUGGUGUUUGGUUGGCAAACGAGGCAAAUUUCACCUCUGCCUGUUUGUGCUUUUGCUUGAUAGACAUGCAGAGGCAGAUAGGUUGAAAUAAAACUUCUGUGAGCAGUCCCAGCUGAAGCCAUUCUUUCACUAAUUUGUAAUGGAGCAAGAGGGGGCUGGUGUCAACAUCCUUCAAGCAUCUCUUUUGGCUUAUGUUCCUGUAGGCUGUACUCAGCGCAUUAUAUGGAUCAUACAUAUGUGAAAGCCACAUGCUUCUGUUAACAUAAUGAAUGAAUGUAUUAUCAUCCACAGUUGCAGUUGUUAUCCUUCAUAGAACCUCCUUUCCUCCUCA